AGCAGUGGCAGUUGAGUUUGGCAUGAGGCAGUCUUGUGUUGCAUUGACUUUGAGCGGUUGUUGUGUUGAUCUCCACUAGUGGAUUCGCAGUGAAUUUGUGUUUUUAACAGAAUUGUGACUGAAAAUGCUAAAGAAAUGUAAUGUUUAAAGUAUUAUUGUAACAGUGAAGUGCAGUUUAGUGAUUCUAAGUGAACGUUAUUGUGUUAAACUUGACGGGCGUAAUUCAGUGCUUUUAAAAGAAUAGCCGGCUUACUUAUCUUGUUGUGGCAAUGCAGUUGGUGUUUUCUAGAUGCCAACGAUGUAGCGGCGCAAUCACAAACUGCGAAAACGUGAAAAGUGCUCGAUAUUGAGUUCGAAACUCGUCCCAUCCCUGACAUCUCGCGCGUGGAACAGUUCGUUAUUUUAAAAUGUGGCAAUGUGAUUGGUUUACGCGACCGGCGCGUUCUUGAUUAGUGAUGUGCCGUGUCGACAGUGGUUAUCGUUAGUGAGAUGGCGACUAUGGAUUUGACGAACGAGGUGGUCCGCUUAAGGGCGGAGCUCGAGAAGGUCUCGACUGAAAGGGACAUGCUCCUAUGCGAGGUGUCGAACCUGCGCAGAGAGCUCGAGCUUAGCGAGUUGAAGAACCUGCAGGAUGACAGCUUCUCCCAGAAAGUGGACGAGGAGGAAGUCAGCGGCAGCGUGGCUCUCCAUCCACCGGACGGGUUCUACUCCCACCAGCACUCCAUCCACAGCGGGCACCAUGGGCAUCACGCAGAGCCCGACCGGGGCUAUAUGGAGGGCAAUAGAUACGUCACGGCUGUACACAGGCCCAUGCCUGCCUUAAACCACUCGAACUCGUCAUGCUCGUCCGCGUCGAACGCGUCGACCGGCGCCGGGCUGUGCGCGGGCGCAGCCGAACCAGCUCCGCCGCUGUACAUCGCCGCGCCACCAGAGGGCUUCGGCCAUGCCGUCCACAACAGGCGUGGCACAGACGUGUCCAUCAUUGGGACAACAGGGAUAACGCAAAAAGAUACCAGUUUAUCCCAAAAAAGGGGUAAAUUGACCAGAGGUCGUUAUGAAAUGUCACAAGACCUGCUCGACAAGCAAGUUGAAAUAUUAGAAAGAAGAUACGGCGGUCUCCGCGCCCGGCGAGCCGCCGUCACCAUACAAAGAGCCUUCAGGAGACGGCAGCUCUUGAAGAAGUUCAGUGCCAUCACGGCGAUGGCGAAGGCUGCUGAUUCCACGGCCAGGAGGAUGCAGGACGGGCCAGAUCAUGGUCAACUAGUCAAUGGAAACGACAUAUACGCAAACGCGCUGAUACAGAAGAGCCCAGGUGGCGCCGAGAAAGUGCUGGCACUGACCAGGCCCAUGCGUUCCAUGUCGUUGCGUGAACGUCACGACAUUGAUAUGAGCAAUCAUCUGCAGUGCGAAAGUCAGGACGUCGACGCAAUGGUGGCCAGAGUACAGCAGUCCGCACACCAAAUACACAUGAUGGCGACAGAUAUGCCACAGCAUCAUAGAGGCGACACCGACAGCGGGGUGUGCAGCUGCUCCGUUAGCGGGUCAGUAACGAAUAUAUCGACGUCCUCCUCGCACAAUGAAUCUCUACACAACCACCAGUUGUUAAACAAUACAGGUCCCAUUUACGGCAACCUCCUGUCCUCUGGUGGCAAACCGCUGUCCUCACCAACGGCAAGGCAACAGCAGCAGCUAGCGGCCAUACAAGCGGCAAACGCUCGCCGAUUCCCGCCUGACGUGCCCAAACGUACCAGCAGCAUCACACUCAACGGCAAACCGCUGUCCUCGGCAAGGCAACAGCAGCAGCUAGCGGCCAUACAAGCGGCAAACGCUCGCCGAUUCCCGCCUGACGUGCCCAAAACGUACCAGCAGCAUCACACUCAAGUAAGCACACUUCACAUGCACCACUACCACCAACCGUACCAGCCUAGAGCACCUGAGCCACACGUGCACAUUACGCAAGAGCAACAUUUCCAGCAACACCAGCGCACUGCAUCAGGAACCUUAUACGAGCCAGUCAAUAGUUAUGGAGUGUGGAAGAGACAAGACGCGCCGCCUUACUACGAGGCCCCACAGCAAUGUUGCCGCCCCGUGCACGACACACAGAUCAAGGUUUCAGAAACGGUCCGCAAGCGGCAAUACCGCGUGGGUCUCAACCUCUUCAACAAGAAGCCCGAACGAGGCAUCGCUUACCUCAUCUCCCGUGGAUUCUUGGAGAACUCCCCGCGAGGCGUCGCCAGGUUCCUGAUUACUAGGAAAGGGCUCAGCAAGCAGAUGAUUGGAGAGUAUCUGGGGAAUCUGCAGAAUCAGUUCAACAUGGCUGUGCUAGAAUGCUUCGUAAACGAGCUAGAUCUAUCUGGUAUGGCUGUCGACGUGGCGCUUCGCCGCUACCAGGCUCACUUCAGGCUGCCCGGCGAAGCGCAGAAGAUCGAACGACUCGUUGAGGCGUUCGCGCGGCGAUACUGUGUCUGCAAUACCGACUUCGUGCAGAGACUGCGGACGCAGGACACGAUCUUCGUGCUAGCCUUCGCCAUCAUCAUGUUAAACACCGAUCUUCACACUCCUAAUCUGAAGCCAGAAGCGCGAAUGUCGCUCGACGAUUUCGUUCGGAACCUGCGAGGCAUCGACGACUGUGGAGAUAUUGACCGCGAUAUGCUGGCUGGCAUUUAUGAACGGGUUAAAUCAAGCGAGUUUAGACCAGGCAGUGAUCAUGUGACGCAGGUGAUGAAAGUGCAAGCAACCAUCGUAGGCAAGAAGCCACACCUAGCGUUGCCGCACCGUCGGCUCGUGUGCUACUGCCGCCUGUACGAGAUACCCGACAUUCACAAGAAGGAACGUCCGGGCGUGCACCAAAGAGAGGUGUUCCUCUUCAAUGACCUGCUGGUGAUAACGAAGAUCUUCAGCAAGAAGAAGUCCUCAGUCACAUACACUUUCCGUCAAUCAUUCCCCCUUUGCGGCAUGAACGUCAAUCUCUUCUCCGUGCCACAUUACCCCUUCGGCAUCCGGCUCUCGCGGCGAGUAGACGGGCGGCGACUCGCCACUUUCAACGCGCGCAACGAGCACGACCGCUGCAAGUUCGCGGAGGACUUACGAGAGAGCGUCGCAGAAAUGGACGAUAUGGAAGCCAUGAGGAUCGAGGGAGAGUUGAACCGCGGGAAGGGAAGGCAAGGGAAUAAUAAUAGACAAGUGAUGGAAAACCGAGACAGUGGAGUAGCUGAUGUCGAGAUUGAUCAUCAACAAUGCAUGGAUCACGUUCAUGUUCAUGGCGUGGCGGUGCCGCCGCCGCCCUCGUGCCCGGCGCCGGCGGCCCCGGCGCGGCUCGCGCACAACCCGCCGCCCACCAGCAUCAUCAAGAGGAACGUGCUCUCCAACUCGCUCGUCGACAUCAACGACCCAGUGGCUAUGGCAGCAGAACGUCUACAACGACGUGGCUCAGUGGGUUCUCUAGACUCGGGAAUGUCGGUGUCGUUCCAACACGGGUCCCGCACCGCCCUGCACGCCACCUCGCCCCGGCAUCCCCCGGACCAGCGCUCGCCAGGACGUCUCUUCAGCGGAAUAUUUCCCAGCCGAACUCGAAAACUGAGCGCUUCGGGCGUCCUCGACAAAUCGGGCCACGUCGGCAAAAGCACCGAGGUCUAAGCCAAUCACAGCUCGCACCAAGGUCUAAAAGCUAAUCGGCGUGCACUGAGGUAGCCAAUCACAGCGCCGCACGCCGACCUUUCAUUUCGAAUUUGGAACUCUUUCCACUGAUUUUAAAUUUCGAAUGCAUUCCAAAUCGUUCACGUUUGAGAACGGAACGUUCUUUGGAUGAAUGUAGUUUUUUUUUUCUUAGUGCCAUCUUUUUUAUUAAUUUGGAUGAUAUUAAGUCGCUGGGUCACUUUAAACCAGGGUAAGGAACUUUAAGGGUAGGGGUCUUCGAAGUGCCAAUGUAUUUCACGGCCACUCGAAUUUAUUUUUGAAAUAAGAAUACGAUAUAUCUAAUUCGACAAUAUAAAUAUAUGCAACGAUUGUCAGAAUAGCGACACAUUAACAUUUUCUUGCAGUGACAAUUAUACAGGCGAAAACAUGAUUAAUAAAAAACACGGAUUUGGAAACCUACAUUUUGAAGUGUGACAACUAUCGAAAGUACAUGGGUCCAUGUUUUGAAUGUAGUGUGUUGUUUUAGAUGUUGGUAACUUUGAUGUGUGUUUUAUAUCAAACAGUUUAGUUAAAAAAUAAUGUUUUUUAACUAAACAGGAUGAUAUAAAUGUUGAAUUGUAGAAGUUUUUGAGUAUUUGAUAUUAAAUGAGAGAAAUAACUAAGGUUGCAAAGAUACAUUGACUUUUCAGUCCAAUACUUAACGAAUAUUCACAUUGAUAUAAUCAUAUUUUUCAAUACAUGUUACCAUUCAAAAGUAUUAAGAUUACUUUAAAGAUUUUAACAUAGCGAUCUUAAUAUGGAAUCUUUUUCUUUAGAAUAAUUGUACAUACGUUUGGAAUAGACAUUGCAAUAACAAUACGUAGCUUCACUAUACAAUUUAUUUGUGCACGGAAAGCAAUACAAUUAGAAACAUCACAGUUUAAUCAGAAUUAUAUUUAUAGUUACAAAAUACGAAUUUAUUAACUAUUGUUGAUGAAUUUUAGCGUUUAUAGGUAAUUUGAGAAUUCUAAAAAAUAUUAUGAGAUUCAGUCCUAAAUGUCCGUUUUGAGAUCCGACUAGUCUCUAUUGCAUUUCGAUCCAGUGUCCAUAAUAAAGCUAUUUAAAAAUUAUUAUAUACCCAUUUAGGUAAAUAAGAGUUUAAAUGUAAAGAAAUCUUCCAAACGUAGAUAUUUCGAUUGUUUUUGUAAACCUAAAGGCUGCUUUUCAAUUUCAUACUUUCAAGACCUGUUGUUACCUGUUCCUUGGAUUUUACCAUUAAAUGUAACUUAUUAUAUAUAAGUAAUCAAUUUAAAUAAUUAACGACCGGCCGGUCUUAAGAAAUGGAGAAAAUAUCAUAAUUUAUAAAGGUGUCUCUUAGUUAUAAUAUAACUCUAUGAAAGAGAAAUGAAUGAAAUAUACGGAAAAGGUGCAUUUUAUUUCGUAAACCGUGAUAGCAUAAAGCAAUAAUAAUUUCAAUGUAGAAGUAAUUUUACUGUGGAAAUCUGUGUAGGCCAAUUACAAAGAAGGACCGUGGCGAAUCAACCUUUAAACAUAUUUAAAAAAACUCUGCUCAUUCUCGUGUCGCAACCCUUACGAUGUUACAAGAAGAUUUAUCUUAUUUAUCAGAGUUCGGCAAAAUGAGCUAGAUGUUAUAGUCUUAUACAUAUAUCGGACUACGGCGCCACACUAUAAUAAAGAGUACUAUCGCCACUCCCGCUCCCCGCUGAAAGUGCCGCCUCCCCGCUCUCGGUUACCUCACGGUUACCGCCUGUCAAAUACGCGAAAAGUCGACCUGUCAUGUUUCACUCAUACAAGCAUAGUAUGCGUUCACCUACACGAGCUUAGACUGUGCUAGGAACGCCCCUCUUUCAUAUAUUUGAUCGCCGGUGUCCGAGUUAUGACGGCGCUUAAAAUGUGGCACAUGACGAUAUACCCACUAGAUUCCUUUUUAUAAUAAUGGCCAGGUAUCAAAAUCAAAUCAAAAAGGUAAUCACGGUCAAUGUAAGUUCUUUUUUUAUUUAAGAUAUACUCGUACUUUCUGUGAAUAUUUAUUGAGACAGACCGGCCAAAAUACCUAAAUGUUAUAAAACUAAACUAAAUUAGCCACUGUUGACUUUGUAAUGGUUAGUAGAACGUUUCUACUAUUUGAUACGCUAGAUAGGAGGGGGAAAACAAAUUGAGAUUUUAGCUAAAUACUAAAAUGUGGAACGGUUUUAGCUAACUACUAAAAUGUGGAACGAUUUUUACCUAAUGAUAUAAAUGGUGGAAUGUUUUAGCAGGCAGGACGUACUUCAUUUUCCUCACAUGUCAAAUCUUUUAGGAUCAGCAUCGAGUGUAAAACGUCAAAUUCAGUAUUUCAGUAUAAUUAUUUUAUAAUGAAGUCGUUAUUAGAAAACUGUCGAUUCGUAUUUGAUUUUAUCUGUAUUGGAUAUAUUUAUCCAAUGAAUAACUUCCAUAAAUAAAAUAAAUCACAUUAGAUAAUGCAUUAACAUUUCAAUUUUUUUGUGAAAGUUUGAGAGAAUCUACAAGUUCUUGACACGUAAAUUUCAUUUAACUGUAAUCUAAUCUUGGUAAUUUUGGAGAUCCCUGGAGGAUCAUUGCCAUCAUUCCUAAUGAUUCUAUAGGUAAUAUGAUUAAAAAGGUAUCAAUAGUAACGCGUGUUAAGAACUCCUUACGCAUAUAUCGCGUCACAUUUAAUUUUACCUAAUGGUAUGAAGUUCUGUGUAAAAUCUCACGAGCGAAAGUGUGUAUGUAAUUAGAUAUUAA